AUGGCGGUGUUUCCAAAAUCAUUCCCUCCGGGAAAAUGUCAAAUUCUGUAUGCCAAAUCAAAGGUGUAUAUCCAUCUAACAUCAUCGAAAAAAGAUAAUGUUGUUGGCUAUCUUGUGAUCGUGAAGCCGUUUGCUGAUUCAACAAACACAGAUUUUAUUGUUGCUUUUAUUCCAGAGACGGAUGUCAGUGCUGAUGAUCAACAACCGUUGGAUUAUUUUGACCUUUAUGGAUUGGAUGGUGAAAGAUAUGAUUUUUACAGCAGUAAUCAAAGCAGCCAGUCACAGCUGUCUAGAGCUGGUGAACAGGAUAAGGAUAAGGAUAAACCAAAGAUUGCCAAAUUUAUCAACAGGCCAAAAACAACAUCAAUGACAUCGUUUGCAUUUGGAAUGCCGAUAUCGAAUCUAUACAGCAUUCAGGUGAGGCCUAAGACGACUACUCUUUGGGAAGGAUCGGUUGUGUUUCAUCCAAAAGAUGUGCUAGAGAAAGUUCCAGCACUAUUCUUUCAUGAUGACGAAAGUCCAGGGACAAAAAGAGAGCAGAAACUAAGAAAUAAGCAGUUCACUCCAUUUGCGGAAAAUUCAAAAGGUGAUCUUUACUGGGGAGGAGAUCGUUUCAUCAGCUGCUUGAAGAACUAUUGUGUUCUGGAAGAGUCCACUUUGGAAAAGGGCAUGUACAUGGUCAAUCCGAGUAAAGAAGACAUGAUCAAUUUUAUCCCUAACGUUUUGGACGACAAAGAUUUACUUAAAAGAGCGAAAAACGGUGAGCCUGUUUCAGUUUCCGAUUCGAUUAACUCAGUUGGCCGAGCUGUUGGUGACUUUAUUACAAACGCCAAGUGGAAAAUGCUUACUGGUCUUGCUUCAGUCACAACAUUUGCCAAAAAGCAAUUGAAUGACAUAUCGGAGAAUCAAAGCAUUCCAAAUCCAGUUCGGAAGAUGUUUGUACAGCCUCAGGUUCAAGCAAUAAAUGAAGAUUUCGACAGUGCGAAUAUUUAUCUUGCCAAGUGGGCCUUGGCUGUUCAGGAGGAAGCUGAUAAGUCAAGAAAAAAAAUUGUGGGAAAUGACUAUUAUAAGCAUUUGGUGGAAACACAGUUGGGAAGCGGAACUGUUCAGCUAACUCCUCAGGAAGUUUCUCAUGCGAGGCGUCUCAAGCCAAUCAGUAAAGUCGAAUGGAACUCGAAGUUUGACUCAUACGGGAUGCUCCAAAUAACUGUACGAGAGGUGCUGGAUCGAAUAUUUCAUGGAGGUGUUGAUCCUCAGGUGAGAAAUGAGGCCUGGCUAUUUUUGCUAAAUGUUUAUCCAUGGGAUACAUCUACAGAUGAGAGAAAGCAGCUAAAAGGAACUUUUUACGACAGUUAUAUUGAGUACAAAAAUAGUUGGAAGGGAAAUUUAUCCAAGCAGAAAGAUGAUGAGCACUGGAAAGACCAAAAAGCGAGAAUCGAGAAGGAUGUCAGGAGGACAGACAGAGAAUUGGAAAUAUAUGGAGGAAAUGCUAAUGUGAGUGAAGAAGAAAACGAGGAAACGGAAACCUCUUCCAUGUUCAUCAACGAGCAUCUUUCUGCACUCAGAGAUAUUUUAUUCACUUAUAAUGAGCUCAACAGCCAAUUGGGAUACGUUCAGGGCAUGUCCGAUUUGCUUUCACCUUUAUAUUAUGUCAUUCGUGAUGAGCCACUUACAUUCUGGGCAUUUGCUAGAUUUAUGGAAUUUAUGGAGAGAAACUUUGUUAGCGACUUGAGUGGCAUGAAGGACCAGAUGUUGACACUAAUGGAGUUAGUGCAGUUUAUGAUGCCUGCCUUGUACGAGCAUUUGGAUAAAUGCGACUCGGGAAACUUGUUUUUCUUUUUUCGGAUGCUAUUGGUCUGGUUUAAAAGAGAGCUAUCUUUUGAUGACACCAUGAGACUAUGGGAAGUGCUUUGGACUAACUUCUACUCUUCCCAGUUUGUUUUAUUCUUUUGCUUGGCCAUUCUUGAGAAGAAUUCUAAGAUAAUAAUGUCCACUUUGAACAGAUUUGACGAUAUUCUUAGAUAUAUGAAUGAUUUGAGUGGCACAUUGGAUGUGGAUGACUUGCUAAUACGUGCAGAGCUUUUAUUUCUGAAAUUCAAGCAGAUGGUAGAACUGAUUGAUCGGCGUAAUUCUGGACUUGGAGCAAGUAAUGUCAAUAACAAGCCAAAGGAGAAAACUAUUGUGAGCCCUCAAUUGCGUCUGUUGUUGUCACAGAAGCCGAUUUUGAAAACCGAAGCGGAUGUUGACAGAGGGACAAGUAAAGCUAAACCUUUAGCACAAAGCAAAGGACAGUUUACUGAAGUGGAUAAGACUAUUCCCGAGGUAGAUAAGGCUAUUCAUGAAGAUAAUAAGACAGAUAAUAAAGGUGCUCCUGAAAUUGAUGAUCACCAAGCUGAGGAUACAGGAAAUCCGGAACAGAAGGAAACAGGCAAAUCAAUCCCUAAAAAUGAUAAAAAACCAAUUAAUGCAGCAAAUGAAAUCGACUAA